AUGAAGCCCCCAUACUAUGCAGUUUCUUUCAGCUCCAACUUGAAGACGGACGAUCCACAGCUUGUUGCCGAAUACGACGCUAUGGGAGAUAGAAUGCUUGAGCUCGCCACCAUCCAAAAGGGAUUUUUGGGCGUCGAAAGUGUCAGAGAUACAGCAACCACCACCGGCAAAGAUGGUCACACACCUGUUCGGUUUGGCAUCACCAUUUCAUAUUGGGAGACCUUGGAGGACAUCAGGGCAUGGAAACGAGAAUCGGAGCACUUAGAAGCGCAGAGGAAGGGCAAAGCUCAGUGGUAUGAGAACUACACUACCAGAAUUUCCAAAGUCGAACGAGAGUAUUCCUUCCAGGAAUAA